UGACGUCACGCGUGUUCGUCAGAGGAGAACCUGUAAUAGGAAAAAAAAAAAAAGAAAGGAAUCCGCAGAAGAAAUCUCACGCUUUGGCACCCAGCGCCUCCUCGAGGAGCAGAGCUGGAGCUUGUGCACGAUCUUCGGCGCUCGCGCCCAUGCAUUUGACCGAUGCCAUGACUGGACUGUGAACGCGGAGCUUGCGCUUUUGUUUAGUUAUUUUUUUGUUGGUUUCUAUCAAGCACCGAGAUCAAGAGAGCAGCACAGAAGUUUCCACUCCUCUAACUACAGGAAUGUCCCACAAGGAGAGACCGACUUUCUAUCGACAGGAGCUCAAUAAGACCAUAUGGGAGGUGCCGGAGCGCUACCAGAACUUGUCGCCCGUGGGGUCUGGAGCUUACGGAUCCGUGUGCUCCGCGUUGGACACAAAGUCAGGCCUGAGGGUCGCCGUCAAGAAGCUGUCCCGGCCGUUCCAGUCCAUGAUCCACGCCAAGCGCACCUACAGAGAACUGCGGCUCCUCAAACACAUGAAACACGAGAAUGUAAGAGAUAUGUUAAAUCCAACUACCCCUGCUAACCUUCUAACAUGAUUCAAUGACGUGUAUCUGGUGACCCACCUCAUGGGAGCAGACCUCAAUAAUAUCGUCAAGUGCCAGAAGCUGACGGAUGAUCACGUCCAGUUCCUCAUUUAUCAGAUCCUGCGAGGACUGAAGUAUAUUCACUCAGCAGACAUCAUCCACAGAGAUCUUAAACCCAGUAACUUGGCUGUAAAUGAAGACUGUGAACUUAAGAUUCUGGACUUUGGGCUGGCGCGGCUGACUGAUGAUGAAAUGACGGGAUACGUUGCCACCCGAUGGUACCGUGCCCCAGAGAUCAUGCUCAACUGGAUGCACUACAACAUGACAGUGGACAUCUGGUCGGUGGGCUGCAUAAUGGCUGAGCUCCUCACAGGACGGACCCUGUUUCCCGGCACUGAUCAUAUAAACCAGCUUCAGCAGAUAAUGCGACUGACGGGAACCCCGCCGGCCUCUCUAAUAAGCAGGAUGCCGAGCCACGAGGCCAGGAACUACAUCAAUUCUCUUUCUUAUAUGCCCAAGAGGAACUUCGCAGAUGUGUUUGUUGGUGCAAACCCAAUGGCUGUGGACCUGCUGGAGAAGAUGCUGGUUCUGGACACAGAUAAACGGAUAACUGCGUCACAGGCUCUGGCGCACCCGUACUUCGCCCAGUACCACGACCCGGACGACGAGCCCGAGGCAGACCCCUACGACCAGAGCUUCGAGAGCCGCGAUCUGGACAUCGAAGAGUGGAAACGGCUCACGUAUGAAGAGGUGAUCAGCUUCGAGCCUCCCGUGUUCGACGGAGACGAGAUGGAGUCAUGAAGGCUGCUCCACCUCCAGGACCUUCAUCCAGACAGAAAAACGACAUUCAAGUGCCUGCCAUCAUCAAGUGCUGGCUUCCCCGUGUUCUGAGACUGCUUAUCCAUGCCUUCAUACAUGCUCUGUUAAAUAAGGGGGGAACAAAAACGUGCAAACUUUUAAAAAAGGACACAGAGAAUGUAAGGUUUUGUGUCCGGUGCCCCAGUAACUGUUUGGUCACUCGUACACAAUUAGAACAACUUGAGGGUGAGAAAAUGACCACAUUUUCAUUUUUGGGCGAACUAUCCCUUUAACUACUUUUUUGGACAGAACACAAAAAACCAAUCAGUCAAAUUCAAAACAGCAUUUUAAGCUCAAAGUUUCAUAUUCUUUCUCUGGGGAAGCAAAACAUUUACCUCCGGACUCCGCUUGUAGCCUACACAAUAAAUAGAGGCCAGAAAAACUCAAGUACUGUCAGAAUACUAAGUUUUAGAUAUGUAAAUAAAAUGGCACUGCUGUACAUAAAUGAUAACAAUGUGCACCAACAGUUCUCUUUAGUGUUUGCAGCAAAGCACGCAUUAUAAACAGCAAAUGAACGAGCUAAAGAGUGAACCCUGUCACCUAAAGAGAAUGUAACUAUUAUUUAGUGCUCUGUGUAGAAUGUAAACAGAGGAGUAUAUAUAGACGUAGUGUUCUUCUGCCAACUGCAUCUCUGUCUCGGACAAUAAUAGAUGACACAAACAAAAUUCAUGCGGUUUACAUGAAUGAAUGCAGAUAUGCUUGUUCUGAAAAUGUAUUGGGAAAUAUUUAGAGAAAGAAAAAAAAAAUGUGGUGGUCAGUGCUAAAGUGAGAAUGUUAAACUUUUUUUUACAUAUAAAAUAUUAUGGGCGAAUCUCACGAAACCUCUUCAGAACAUGGCCAGAUCAUAAUGAACUACAAAAUCAGAAGAAAAUUUUUUUUUUUUUUGUUAAUGUAUUUUAAAUAUAAAGAAAAAUAUUUUGCAUAAAGAAAGUCAAUAAUUAUGUUUUAACAAUCAGUAAUUGUUUUUAUAUUAUUAUUUAGAUAUUAAUGAUAUAUUCCAUACUUGCAUACAUUACCCUAUAAUGCAAAAAAAAAAAAAAAAAAAUUCUCAUUGCUGUAAUGUGGUGAUAUUAUUUGUAAUAUUUGUUGUACGGUUUUUAAUUUAUAUAGAUCUGAAUUAAAAAAAUUUAAAAAAUCCUGUAAUACUGUAUUACGGUAAUAUUGUCACGAAAAUCAAGUCAAAAUGUCACGGUUUUUAAAGAGAUGCUUCCUUUUUUUUAACUAUCUAAAAAUAUUUCAGUUUUAUUUCUGAAUUUGUGGUGAAAUGUGGUUUGGACAUGUUUUUGACUGGUUUUUGUAUGAUUUUCUGCUAGUUCUUCAAGCGCUCGCUGUCCCCUUCACUCCGUGUUAAAGGGCACCUGAUGCUUUAGAUACACUAGAGCAUAGUUUCUCCCCUCAUUAAUGUAUUAUUUAUGUAAAUUGAGAGAAAUUGGUUUAAAAUAGGGAUCGAGGGAUCAACAGAACAACUCCACGAGCGAGACAGUUGCAUUAUGGUCCACAAUAAAACAGUUCCCCAUUAUUUUUGCUUGCCCUGGGAAAGACGUUCAGCCAGAAAGUUCAUGUUUGCAAAAGUGAGAGAACCUGAGCCAAUGUUCUGCUUUUCCGUUGAGCACGAUGAUCUUAAUUUAACAGCCCAGACUAGAAGACUGUCUCGUCAGGAAGUUGUGUUUUCUCAAGCAGAGCCGGCCGUCUAACUUAUUGUAUCAGUUGUUAAGGAUUAUUUUUAAAGUGUUUUCUUUUUCACUGUAUAUUAUCACUUAAUUUUAUUCAGCAAUAAAGUGAUUUUCUGUGUUGAGCA